AUGGCCUCGUCAUUCCUGCCCUCGGGGGCCACCACUGGCGACAGUGGCGGAGAGCUGAGCUCGGGGGACGACUCCGGGGAUGUGGAAUCCCUCCAGAGCCCGGAGAUCGAGGCAUCCAGGAGCCUGGCAGAGCUGUUUGAGAAGGCUGCAGCGCACCUCCAAGGCCUGGUGCAAGUGGCCAGCAGGGAGCAGCUCUUGUACCUGUAUGCCAGGUACAAGCAGGUCAAAGUUGGAAAUUGCAAUACACCUAAACCAAGCUUCUUUGACUUUGAAGGAAAGCAAAAAUGGGAAGCGUGGAAAGCGCUUGGUGAUUCAAGCCCCAGCCAAGCAAUGCAGGAAUAUAUUGCUGUCGUUAAAAAAUUGGAUCCAAGUUGGAAUCCUCAGUCACCAGAGAAGAAAGGAAAAGAAGCAAAUACGGGUUUUGGUGGGCCAGUUGUUAGUUCUCUGUAUCACGAAGAAAUCAUCAGGGAAGAAGACAAAGACAUAUUUGAUUACUGCAGGGAAAACAACAUUGACCAUGUAACCAAAGUCAUCAAAACAAAAAACAUGGAUGUGAAUAUGAAGGAUGCAGAGGGCAGAACUCUACUCCAUUGGGCUUGUGAUCGAGGACAUAAGGAACUAGUCACAGUCUUGCUACAAUAUAGAGCUGAUAUUAACUGUCAGGACAAUGAAGGUCAAACAGCUCUACAUUAUGCUGCUGCCUGUGAGUUUUUGGACAUUGUGGAGCUGCUGCUCCAGUCCGGGGCUGACCCCACCCUCCGAGACCAGGACGGCUGCCUGCCAGAGGAGGUGACAGGGUGCAAAGCAGUUACUUUGAUGUUACAGCAGCACACGACAGGCAAGGCUUAA